AUGAACCUCCAACUCAAGCUCAGCAGGACCAAGAAGCUCCUAAAGGUUUGGAACAGAGAAGUCUUUGGAAACAUCAUCCAGAACCUAAAGGAUGCAGAGCAGGCAGUGCUUGAGGCACAGAUUUUAUAUGAUAGUGACCCGACACCAGCACUUAGAGCUGAAUUCAGUCGAGUGUCUGCACAGCUCAUCAUCACAACAAAGAUGGAGGAAGAAUUUUGGAGACAGAAGAGAGUCAAGUCGAGGAUACACACUAUCGAGUUUGGGGGGCAGGCACUGACAGAGGAGACGGAGAUCAGGGAAUCAGCGGCAGCCUUCUUUCACCAGCUUCGGACAUCGGACGUUGGGGACCUUGCAGAGCCUGACUUAUCUCUCAUCCAUACACUUCCAGAUUCAGUUGACCAGGAGGCCCUGUGUUCGCCACCGCAGGAAAAGGAGGUUAGGGAUGCAGUUUUUGGGAUCAGUGGUGACAGUGUGUCCGGGCCGGAUGGGUUCACUUUAUUGUUUUUUCAGCACUGCUGGGACACUGUGGGGAGGGAUGUGAUUGGAGCUGUGGCAGACUUCUUCAGUGGGGCGUUUAUGCCCCAAAGCUUCACGGCAACCGUGAUCGUCCUCAUUCCGAAGAAGCCUAACCCGAGUGGGUUCAUCAAGGGCUGUCUGCUUAGUGACAAUGCCCUUCUGGCCCAAGAGUUGAUACAUGACCUGGGGAAGGAGCUCUCGAGUAGAGGGAGAUCGCCCAAUCUGGCACUCAAGCUGGAUAUGGCAAAGGCGUAUGAUAGAGUCCAGUGGUCGUUUUUGCUCAAGGUCUUAGAAAUGAUGGGAUUCUCAACAGCCUGGAAGGUGAAUAAUGGGAAGACACAUUUUUUUUGGCGACUGAGCACAUGGAGUUUGCUAGCAUUGUUGAGGAGGUUGGAGGCUUUCAGUGAGAAGUGA